UAAGAUUAUAUUAUGUUAUUUGUCUGUUUGUAUGACUGUUGGUGAAACUCUCGCCUCCCCUCAUGAGGACCAUGACGGACGCUCGACUAAUACGGUGACGUUCCUUAUAACUCUUUCUUUUCAUGUUGAACUUGUAAAACAGCUACGUCCGAGCCAACUCUGGCAGAACCUCGUACUCCUUCGUCAUUCCCAUGGUUGGUUGCGGCACCAGGACCUUUGAUAACGAUGACGACGGCAGCACCGGCUUCGAAAAUAUGAUUAUGAUUCAAAAUGAAGAAAUUGUCCAAGAAGUUUGGGAUACCGCCCGUAAGAUCACUUGUGACUGGACAACCCGCAUGGAAAAACUUAUUACUUUCCGACCUUUUGCUGUAGAUAUGCUACAGGCAAAAGAGGUCCGUUAUUCAGGAGACGAUGUCAUGUGUUGGAUGGAUAUACAACUUGGCAAAGGCCCCUUUUCAAACACAGUAGACGGUAUUGUUAAAAUUGGUGACGAGCUUACUGUUGUGAUUUACUCUAAGGAUGGUGGUUCGGAAUUUGACAUGCUGGUGAAGAACUGUUUUGCCUAUGAUUCAGAUGAUUUGGAAGAUGAAAGAACAACCCGCCUCCAACUAUCAGAUGAAAAUGGCUGCCUCCUAAAGCCCAAAUUAAUGAGCUACUUUUCCCGCACUCGACAGACUGGUACCACUGGUGCAGACAUCAUUGCUUUUGCUUCGCUCUUUGCCUUCAAGUUUCCAGAUAAAAUGGAUGUUUACUUAUCUUGUGAAGUUGAAUUGUGCAAAGGUGGGUGUACCAACGUGUGUGAAGAUCCUGUCUUCCCAACGAACCUGGUAUCUCGGUUUGUUUCCUCAUCAACAACCUCAACCACACGUGCACCUCCUGAUAUAUGUGUCACUCGACCUGGAUUACCAAGCUGUUGUGCCAAGAACCCCAGCCAUCCAGCCUGUACUACCACCACUACUCCUCGUCCAGAUCCUUGUGCUAUUAAUCCCAGAUCACCUCAGUGUUGUGCUAGAAACCCUAAUCAGCCACAGUGCACCACAACUACAACCAGACGCACAACUACACAACGCACCACCACACCACCUCGAAACCCUUGUGAUAUUAAUCCAAGAUCACGUGCAUGUUGUGCAAGAAACCCUACAUCACCUCAGUGCAUAACUUCUACCACCACCAGGAGACCACCCACAACCAGGAGUGACCCCUGUUUGUUCAACCCUGGAAGUCCCAGCUGCUGUGCAAGGAACCCCAAUCAUCCCCAGUGUAUCACUACCACCACAACCAGACGUAUAAUUACAACCACUACAACCACUGCAAGGCCUGAUCCUUGUGCUGUGAAUCCUAGAUCAACACAGUGCUGUAGCAUACGGCCAAAUUCUCCUCUGUGCACCACAACAACCACACGUCGUCCCACAACCACACGUCGUCCCACAACCACACGUCCUCCCACAACCACACGUCCCACAACCACACGUCGUCCAACAACCACACGUCCUCCCACAACCACACGUCCUCCCACAACCACACGUCCCACAACCACAGCUCGUAUUAUAACUACUCCAACUCCAAGACCAGAUCCCUGUGCCUUGAAUCCAAGGUCAUCCCAGUGCUGUGCCCUACGUCCAAAUUCCAUAUUUUGCACAACUACUACACAGCGUCCUACAACAUCAACUACACCUCGACCUGAUCCAUGUGACGUUAAUCCAAAGUCAUUCCAAUGUUGUGCUAGGCGUCCAAAUUCACCUUUGUGCAGGACUCCAAGUACCACAACUCCUCGUCCUGAUCCUUGUGAUAUAAACCCUAGAUCUCCACAGUGCUGUGCUAGACGCCCUAACUCAGUGUUCUGCACUACCACCACCACACCACCACCAGAUCCCUGUGAUUUGAACCCUAGUCUACCACAGUGCUGUGCUAGAAACCCUAAUCUACCUCAGUGUACUACCACUACAACUACCACAACCACUAGACGCCCUACAACACCGUUUGAUCCUUGUGCAUUUAAUCCCAGCUCACCCCAGUGUUGUGCAAGGAAUCCUAAUGCCCCUCAGUGCACAACAACGACCACUACUAGACGCCCUAUCACUACAACUAGUCGCCCUAUUACCACUACUAGGCGCUCUACCACCACAACUAGACGUCCAGUCACCACUACCACAACUAGACGUCCAGUCACCACUACCACAACUAGACGUCCAAUCACCACCACUAGGCGGUCCAUUACAACUACUACACCCCCAACCACCACACAGGAUCCUUGUAUCAGUAACCCAGGUUCUCGACAAUGUUGCGCAAGAAAUCCUAACCAUCCACGAUGUGUAACAACAGCUCCAUGUUCUGGCCCCCGUGACCCUCGCCCCGAGUGCCGGCCCACCACGCAAGUUCCCCACACAACGCCCAAUCUGGAAAAUCAUGCCUUCCAUGCUUGGCAGAACCGGCCCUCUGGCACUCGUCGUCGCCGUCCUCCUUAUGGCACUCGUCUUACCCCAGGUGUCCUAGCAGAGCUGUCAAACCAACCCAGACGACGUCGUGAUGUGGCUCUCCCACCCCCUCCUCCACCAUCCAGGAAUACAAUUGCCAUGGUCCGAGGUUUUCGGGUAGUUGGUGCAAACGACCUCACAUUCAAAGCUGUUUCCUCACCAAACCAGUCUGCAAGCAACGUUGAUAGUAUAUGUAUGCCAACUGCCACCUUCACUGUUUGCCUGCUGAUGCUGUCCCUGUUGCUGAUUACAUCUGUUCUUGUGGCCACAUUCACAUGCUUGCGUCUCAGGACGAUGGCUCCUUUAAAAGCAGUAGAAGCGAAGAAUCCAUACUACAAACAGUAACUGGCCUGGUCUCUUCUACUUUCUCUGAUUCCCUGCUGCUGGAUUUAGCUGGGUAAGAGUAAUCCACCCUUUCCUGCUGGGCUGCUGCUGGCACUGACCUGGUGGGUUGGGUAGUCCCUCUCCCCUGGUGCCCUGUGCUGGUCACAGGACUCCGUGAAGUGCCAUCAUCCAUUCGACCAUCGCCAAGUUACGAAUGCUGUCCCAAGUCACUGAUUUAUAAAUAUUUGUGAUAAUCACUUGUUACUUUUUUACGACACUAGACAGAGAUGCCUUAGCAUCGUAGAUUUUUGUAGUUGCAUAUUUUGACACUUUUCUCUAGACCCUGACAACUUUGCUUUGCCUUUGACUAUGGUGUCAGAAGCUCGAGCUGUUCCUGACAUCGGUUCAUACUAUGCUGCCAUAUAAAAAGGACUUUAUUUGCUUUUGUAAAUUUUCUGAUUAAAAUUGAUACAGAA